UACACUCCUGCAGUCUGUGCUCUGACAGCUGCGCCACAGUGAGAGAGAGAGAUACGACUGCAGAGAACACUGGGAAAAUCCAGUACACCCUCAUACACGCACCCAGGGAACAGCAGCAGUGCAGUCUCUGCCCAUUCUAUCUGUGUCCCUCUCUUCUGUGUCUAACACCUCCCCACAUCUCUCAUUCACACCCUGGAUCUUCUUCUCUUGCAGCUUCCUUAAUAGGGACGGAUAGAAACCAGGAUCAUCCAGCCAUCUGUGUUUCUUGACUGAGAAAACUCAAGCUGGAGAAGAGAAGGUGGAAGAUGGUGCAAGCAAGGCCAAGACGGACCCUGCGAUGGCCGGACUGCUGGCUGUCUGUUUGCGUGCUGCUUUUGUGUAUGUUUGGGAUGGCAGUGGGCCACAGAGCUCCCAAAACCCCACGAUGUCCAUCCACCUGCUCCUGCACUAAAGACAGUGCCUUCUGCGUGGACACCAAGGCCAUUCCCAAAAGCUUCCCACCAGGAAUUAUCUCCUUGACGAUGGUGAACGCUGCUUUCACAGAGAUUCCUGAAGGAGCUUUUUCCCACAUGCACCUACUGCAGUUCCUGCUGUUGAACUCAAACACAUUCUCUCUGAUUUCUGAUGAUGCUUUUGCUGGUCUUGGACAUCUGCAGUACCUAUUUAUUGAGAACAACAACAUCCAAGCCCUGUCAAAGCACACGUUCAGAGGACUGAAGUCUCUGACACAUCUGUCUCUGUCCAACAACAACCUGGAGGUUCUUCCCAGAGAUCUCUUCAAACACCUGGACAUCCUCACUGACCUAGACCUGCGAGGGAACUCGUUCCGUUGUGACUGUAAGAUCAAAUGGCUGGUUGACUGGAUGGAGAAGACCAACACCUCAGUUCCAGCCCUAUACUGCGCCAGUCCUUUUGAAUUCCAGGGCCGACGCAUCCAUGACCUCACACCACGUGACUUCAACUGCCUUAGCGCAGAUUUUGCUGUGUAUGAGACAUACUCGUUCCAGUCUCUAUCUGUGGAGUCAUAUGAGUUUAACGAUGACCAGUACGUAGUUUUCGCUCAGCCCAACACUGGAAUCUGCACUGUGUUCAUUUGGGAUCAUGUGAACAUGCUUUUCAAGACACAUUACAACAUCACAUCUCGUUCUGCUGUGUAUUGUAAACCUGUGGUUAUCAACAACACUCUCUACAUGGUUGUGGCUCAGCUCUUUGGAGGAUCCCAUAUCUACAAAUGGGAGGAAGGUCCAUUGCGUUUCGUCAAAAUCCAGGACAUCGACACCACCCGUGUCCGUAAACCCAACUUCAUUGAGACUUUCCAGAUCGAAGGAGACUGGUAUUUUGCUGUAGUUGACAGCUCCAAAGCCGGUUCCACCAGCCUGUACCGCUGGAACAGUAACGGCUUUUACUCACACCAGUCCCUCCAUCCCUGGCACAGAGACACUCACAUCGACUUCCUAGAGGUGGACGGCAAACCUUGUCUCAUACUCUCUAGCACCUCGCAGCCCCCGGUGGUGUAUCAGUGGAACCGCAGCCAACGCCAGUUUGCCUACCACUUGCAGAUCACUGAUUCAGGAGAUGUGCAGAUGGUGAAGCACUUCUGGGUUCGAAAAGUGCUGUAUCUCUGCCUCACGCGCUUCAUAGGAGACUCGAAGAUCCUGCGAUGGGACAACCAGCGCUUCGUAGAGAUUCAAACCCUGCCGUCACGUGGCUCAAUGGCCGUGUAUCCAUUCAGCGUUGGAGUGAGGCAGUACCUUCUGCUGGGCAGCGAUUAUUCGUUCUCUCGGAUCUAUCUGUGUUGCGACCUCACUCAAAGAUUCCAGCCCUUCCAGGAACUCAACAUGCUCGCGCCUCGAGGCUUCAGCCUGGUCUCUGUUGACAAUAAGGAUAUUCUGUUAGCGGCCAGUUUUAAAGGAAAGACCAUGGCCUACCAGCAUCUAGUGGUGGACCUCAGUGCCAAAUAGGCAGCUGGAAUAUAUAUGUGCCAUAUGCACUGCAAUGAUGACGUUUCUCCAAUAGGAUGUACAUUGUUCAACAGUUUCAAAUAAAAAGGUGAAUUACAUUUUUAGACAGAUGUCACUCCCUGAUUCAUGCAUCAUCAUAAACAUGUCUAAGAAUAGUAUGUGCUACCAAGAGAAAUAACAAGUUUCAUUUUAGUCACUCAAUUGAGCUUGACUGUUAAGGAUUUUCUAUGCAGAUGAUUCUCUGAAAAUGUUAAAUUAUUGUACUUGGACAACAAUACACCUAAUUUACUAACUGGUAGGUCAUUAUAAAUUAUUUGCUGUCAUCAGCAUGCAUUACAGUAAAUGAUUCUUGUGGAAAUGUCAUUUAUGAUGUGUCACAAAAUAAAGUUAAAGUAUCUAUAUAUCUUG